AUGCUUCCUUUCAAUAUUUCUGAAGUUGAAAUUCCCACAUUCCUAUUGCUUGGGAUACCAGGGCUGGAGCAUGCACACAUUUGGAUCUCCAUCCCUAUAUGCCUCAUGUACCUCAUGGCCAUCCUGGGCAACUGCACCAUCUUAUUUGUCAUCAGGACAGAACCUUCUCUGCAUGAGCCAAUGUACUAUUUCCUCUCCAUGCUGGCCCUAUCUGACUUGGGCCUGUCUUUCUCCUCCCUUCCCACUAUGCUGAGGAUCUUCUUGUUCAAUGCCAUGGGGAUUUCUGCUGAUGCAUGCAUUGCUCAAGAAUUCUUCAUCCAUGGAUUCACAGACAUGGAGUCUUCUGUGCUCCUGAUCAUGUCCUUUGAUCGCUUUGUAGCCAUUUGCAAUCCCCUGAGAUAUAGCUCUAUCCUCACUAGUUCUAGAGUUGUGCAAAUUGGACUGGCAUUUGCUAUUAAAAGUAUUCUCCUAGUGCUUCCCCUUCCUUUCACUUUAAAGAGACUUAGAUACUGUAAUAAGCGCCUAUUAUCACACUCCUAUUGCCUCCAUCAGGAUGUCAUGAAACUGGCCUGCUCUGACAAUAAGGUCAACUUUUACUAUGGUCUAUUUGUUGCACUCUGCAUGAUGUCAGACAGUGUAUUCAUUGCUGUCUCCUAUGUGUUCAUCCUGAAGACUGUAUUAGGUAUUGCAUCACAUGGGGAGAGGCUCAAAGCUCUUAACACCUGUGUGUCCCAUAUCUGUGCUGUGCUCAUCUUCUAUGUGCCCAUCAUCAUCUUGGCUACUAUGCAUCGCUUUGCCAAGCAUAAGUCCCCUUUGGCUAUGGUUCUGAUUGCUGAUGCAUUCUUACUCGUGCCACCCUUGAUGAACCCCAUUGUGUAUUGUGUCAAAACUCGGCAAAUUAGAGUGAAAGUCCUUGAAAAACUUGGUCUGAAGUCUAAAUGA